AUGGCUCUCGUGACGGCCACCGCCGACGACCUCGCGCUCGCGCUCCGCGACGACUCCGGCGCCCUCGCGCACCCCGGGAACGCCGGCAUCGUCGCCACGACCGGGAACUCCAGAUCCUGGUCGGUGCAGCAGAACAACGUGUCCAGGAUCUUCAACAUGUUCGCCGCGUACCUCCCCUACCGCGUCGACAAGGAUGGAGGUCAGAUCCCGAACCCCUUCCCCAACUUGGGCAGCCUCAUGGGCAUGUCACACAAGCUCAUCAUCAAGGAACACGCGACCAGCCAGCAGAUGUGGCAGCUCUUCGGCGAGUACCUGGUGCGCGACUACAGGAAAGUCGCUGGCAAGGGUGCGGGCGAGCACCUCGGCAUCAACACGGUGAGCAAGAUCUUCGCGACGGCGAUGCAGCUCGCCUACAAGGUGCACGCCGGCGACCCGUUCUUCCUCUGCCUGGACCAUCGCCAGGACAUCAACCUCUGUCUACCCCGCAGGUGGUUCGUCGUCGUUCGCGAGAACAUGUGGAGAGAGAUCUUCACGCGCGCGGUGCAGAACGGCGAGAAGAUGGACGAGUCCGCGACGCCGCUGACCUUCGACCACUUGACUGCGAUCAUGAAGUCCUACUCGCGCAUGGCCUCAACGAACGUCUCGACCGGUCGUGCAGCGCACAGGAGGAAGUUCAUCGUGUUGUCGCUCUUCCAGGUGGCCGGGCGAAGCGGCGAGAUCGCGACGCUCUCCUACAAGAAGCUGGAAUGGGAUCCGUACUUCCGGUGCGUCCACGUCGAGGUCAACCAGGUGAAGACCGUCAAAACCAAAAAGGUUGUGUUCACCGCCGGCAUCAACCGCCAUCUCUGCUGGUUCACGAACUUCGGCGACAGGCUGUGCACCGAGAGCUACACGGACAAGGCAUCGGAUGAGGACGACGUGGCGUGGCUGUUCCCGGACCUCGUCGACAUCUCGUCGCCGGGCAGCAGGGUCGGCGACUACAUCAGGGACCUCAGGCGUCAGGGCGGCGCCAAGGAGUACAAGGAGUUUGCGGUCGACUGUCUUCCGUCGGACAUCAACGCGGCGGGCAUCCGGGCGGGGUGCUGCAACAUCCUGCACUCGAAUAUGCCGGAGUGCUUCGCGAUCACGGUCACCGGCCACAAGCUCGAGAGCGGGGCGCACCAGGAGUACAUCGACGCCACCACCGCGAACGCCAUGCCAGGCGCGGUUGUGCUCGGCGGAUUCCCCGCGCUGCCGUGGGGACAACGGGGCGUGUGCGGCAAGCCGGCAGAUCUCGAUUCACUCGCGCACGUCCCUCUAACCUACGACGGCUUCGACACCAUCAUCGACGAGCUGUACGGCAUCACGAACGUGACGGAGGCUGUGCUGUCGAAGGGCGGGGCCUUAAGGCCCGUUUUGAAAUCGGCGUUCGCAAGCCAGGUGAUGCAUUACGCGGCGCGCGUGGCCGCGGGCGAGUGCAACGACGUGAACACGAGACUGCGCCAGGCGCUCGUGCAGACCGGGAACGCCACUAAAGGUCACGCACACGUCGUCCUCGAGGAGUGGGGCAAGAUCCUCGUGAAGCGCUUCGAGCAGGACAACCGCCAUCUCCUCCUCCGCGAGAAAGCCGAGUUGCCCAAGCAGAUGGCGGCGAUAAUGCAGGUCGUGCAGACGAAGGUGGAGGGGAACGCGAACGAGAUCGCCGCGCUCCGCGACACCGUCGAGCUUCAGAACACCCUCAUCAUGUCCAUGGCGCAGCAGCAGCAGCAGCUGAUGCAAGCCUUCAACAAGUUGCUCCCCCUGCGGGGGAACCAGGGCAACGUCUACGCCGCCGAGUCCAACAUCGCCGAGCCCAUCGCCCCCCCGGACAACCCUGCGCUGCCUGCUGCUGAGGCGGAGGCGGCGCCUGCUGAGGCGGAGGAGGCACCGGGUCCUGUGGACCCCAUCGCGCUCAUCGACCUCACGGGGAGGGAGUCCGCUCCCCGUCCAUCUGCAGCUCCCCCCAGUGCUCUGAGCGCUCUGAUGGUCAAUCGACCGAGCGCCGACCUCGCCGACGACAGGCUCCCGAACGUGGCCUAUGAAUUCCUCGUGGAAGCAUACUCGAAGCACGGCGGCCAGGUGUGGAAGCCGCCGGGAUAUCCGGAGAAGACAUGGAUGUCGAGGAAGCUGGAGGCGAACCUCACGCUCACGGUGCUCACCGCCAUGCUGACGGAGGACGAGAGGAAGCUCAUGCGGCGUCAGUCGACGGCAGCCUCGCGCCUCGAGAACACGCGAUUGGCCCAGAAGGCGGAGCUGAUGACGAAGAAGUUCUUCCAGGAAUGGUUCGAGGAUGCCAAGGUCGAGCUUCCACAAAACCUGAGGAAGAGGAAGCGCGACGCCAAAGGGAAGUUGGCGCAGGGGGCUUCGCAGCCGAUGGUGCUGAGCAGCGUCGCGAAUUUCCUCCGCGCUCUCGGUGUUAACAAGGACGACCUGCGCUUGCAACCCGAAGAGCUGAAGAAGUGGGCCGAGGAUUCCCGGUCGGAUGAAGAGCGCUACCAUCAGUGGAGGAAGCAGAAGGGACCCGCCAAAGAGCCCGCCGCCGAAGAGCCCUCACCGCCGAAAAAAAAAUCGUGGGGCUGGUUCGGGCGCGGCGGUGACGCAAGCGGCGGUGGCGCAAGCGGCGGUGGCGCAAGCGGCGGCAGCGCGGCGGUGUAG